ACGUAGAUAUGACGUCUGCGCAUUGAAGUUUUUCAGCUGCAUCAGAAGGAAAGAAUAUUAAUGUCCGUGUGUAAGUGAGGGAACUACUUUGGAUGACAAUCGUUGAAGGAAACGAUAACAUUAACGAAAAUGAGGAAACGUCCAGGAAUCGGUGCCAUUCAUAAACAAAGAGUAGAGCAGGAACGAUUUCGUGGUAAAGCUACAGAAUUGCAAGACAAUGUCUUUGAACAGAUGACAAAUCAAAUGGAGAAAUUCCGAACAAACUUGGAAACUUUUGCAAGUAAACAUAGAAAUGAAAUCAAGAAAAAUCCGGCCUUUAGGAAACAAUUCCAGGAAAUGUGUUCAUCAAUCGGGGUAGAUCCACUAGCUUCAAGCAAAGGUUUUUGGUCUGAAUUGCUAGGUGUUGGAGAUUUUUAUUAUGAAAUUGCAGUUCAAGUCAUUGAAGUUUGCAUGGCCACGUCACAGAGAAAUGGAGGUUUAAUUACUUUAGGUGAACUUAGACAUAAAUUAAUCAAAGCAAGGGGAAAAGCCCAGCAUCACCAAAAUAUUUCCAAUGAUGAUAUAAUAAGAGCAAUAAAAAAACUUAAAGUGCUGGGAUCAGGAUUUUCUAUUAUUUCUCUGAAAGAUACCCAGGAUUCUUCAGAUGUCCUCAUUCGUUCUAUACCAGGGGAAUUGAAUGCCGAUCACACUGAAGUCCUAAUAAUUGCAGAGGCUCAGGCAUUCACUUCUAUUGAAACCAUGAAGUGUAAGCUAAAGUGGGACGAUGUUCGCUGCCAGCAGAUCAUUAAUGAACUUAUACGUGACGGUGUGGCAUGGGUUGAUGAGCAAUCCACCGCAAAAACGUAUUGGUUUCCUUCGUUUUUCAAGCCUCUCAUCAAUGAAGGUUGAGUGUAUUUUUCUGUAACAUUUCAAUUAAAAAGUUUACCUAUUAAAAUUUUUUGUACAUAAAGUAAUACAUAUUCAGCUUAAAGACCUU